AUGACUACGUCGCCACCUCCUGACCCAUCGGAGCCUCCAACCUCCGCAGAGUGGAAGCUGGUCUACUCCGUGGUUCCUCCCUACAUCUUCAUCUUAUGCCUGGUUGGCCUCCUCUGUAACAGCGUCGUCCUGCUGGUGUUCAUGGCCCACAGGGAUCGACUGACGGUGGCGGAGACCUAUCUGACCAACCUGGCUCUGGCCGACUUUAUUCUCCUGUGUGGGCUGCCCUUCUGGGCCAUGAACAUCCUCAAUGACUUCAACUGGCCCUACGGGGACGCUUUAUGCAAACUGGUCAACUCCCUCAUUAUCAUCAACUUCUACACCAGCAUUUACAGCAUAGUCAUGAUAAGUGUGGAUCGAUACCUAGCCCUGGUGAAGACCAUGAAGGCCAGGUGGCUGAGGCGGACACUGUACGCCAAGAUCGCCUGCCUCGUCCUGUGGAUGUUCGGACUUCUGCUGAGUCUGCCGACCAUGCUUCACAGAAAAGUUCAAUUCAUGCAAGAGUACCAGACCAUGUCGUGCAUCCUGGAUUACUCUGAAGAUGUCUCCUGGAAGCUGGUCAAUCAAAUCCUCAUGAACCUGGUGGGUUUCGUGCUGCCCCUGCUGGUCAUGGUUUUCAGCAGUGUGAACAUAAUUAUAGUCUUAAACCAGCGGAGGAAGACCAUGGGGUUCCGUGACGGCGACGACAAAAAGGCCACAGUGCUGGUUUAUGCUGUGACCGUGCUGUUCUUACUCUGCUGGGGUCCUUUCCAGGUCUUCACCUUCCUGGACACACUGGUUGACCUUGAGGUUCUGGAGGAGGACGUGUGGUUCCACAGUCUGGACAUAGGAGGUCAGGUUUCAGUGUACCUGUCCUUUCUCAACAGCGCCCUGAACCCACUGCUGUACGUCUUCUCUGGACAGUACUUCAGGAGGAAAGCGAGAUCCAUCUACAGGAGGAAAGGACACCGUCGCAGGGGGUCAGACAUGACCAUCUAUCAGCGGUCGGUGGUCUCCACCUACAUGGUCAGAACUGAUCAGAUUAAACCUGUAGUCCUUUUUAAAGCCAAAGAUCAGAUGUGAGUCCAACUUGUGAUAUCUUGACCGCUGCUGAUGACUCAGCGGUGAUGUCAUCAUGAUGUGGUCAAACGGAGCUGUGUGUAAAUGUAUGCUGUUUUCAGGAAAGUAUGACGAGAAACAGGAGAUCGCAGAUAUAGUACAGUACGGCUGGGAAAUGACUCAAACACAUUACUAACCACUUAGCCAAUUUUUUCAAAUUUUGUGCAAUAUGAAGUUCCAUCUCUUUAUCCUCAUUUUACAAACCUCAUUAUCUGAAUAGCACCAAACUGUACUCUGGUUUUACUUCUGAACUGUGUUUUUUUAAAGAAAAUGUUACUUCUUACAGACAUUUUAAUUAGUUGACAUUUUGUGCAUCCUUUGGCUGGGUUUGCGACGUAUAUAUUAAAAUAUAUAAUUUCACGUUUUGGUAUUUUCACACUGACAGCCGCUAGAGGGCACUCACAGUUUGUGUACCAGUAUCCGCUACUCCAAUAUGUCACACUUUUUUUCAUCCUCUGGCUGGUGCGACUUAUAGUCCAGAAAAUACAGUUGUCUUUUGACAGAAUUGUAACUUAAUUUUAAUUCUAAUUUAAUUUUAGUUUAACAUAGAAGUAUCAAAUUAUUUAAGUCAACUAAAUUUAAAUUAGAUUAGGCUAAAAUUAAUUGUGAAAUAUUGUCAUCUGUUUAUAAAAUAAUGUUUUUUGAUACUA